CUUCUCCUCCUCCUGGGGUCACAGCAGCCCCCAGCCCGGGCUUCAAAAGCAGCCAGCCGCCACCUCCGCCUCUUCCUCCCUCCACCCUUCCUCCUCCUCCUCCUCCUCCUCCUCCUGUGGCGCUGUGAGGAAGGAGCGCCUCUCUGCUCUGCUCUCCUGGAUGCGUUCAGCCUGAUUCUCGUGUUUGCAGCUGCUCGAAACCAGUCGGACGGACGUUUGUGUCUCUGCAGCCAUGCAGAAGGUGGAGGGACGGCUAACUCCGGUCAACCUGCCCUCCUCCAGGGGCCCGAGCACCCCGGGGUCUCCAGCCACCGGCGUCGUGGCCCGUCUCAAUGACCAGGUGGUGGGCUACAGAGACCUGGCGGCGCUGCCCAGAGAUAAAGCCAUCCUGCAGGUGGAGCGACCAGACCUGAUGACCUACCAGCCCCACCUGAGCUUCUCCCCGCUCGACCCGCCGCGCAGAGAGCGCUCUCUGUCUCCUCCACCCACGUCUCCAACCACGUCUCCUGAGGUGAAGGGUCGCAGGGCAGGAAGUGAGAGUGGUUCUCCUGGAGGAUCCACGCUGCAGCUUCAGGCUGGACGCAAGAUCAGCACCAGCCUGCAACAUUUCCACCGACCAGAUAAUGGGACCAACAUCUACAGGAAACCUCCCAUCUACAAACAGGAUGUUCACAAACACGGCGAAGGCAGUGGCGUCAUUCAGUCUGCAAAGUUUCCGGCGGCUCAGCCUCCAGAUCCCAACCAGCCCUCCAAGAUCGAGACGGAGUACUGGCCCUGCCCGCCCUCGCUGGCCACCAUGGAGAUCGAGUGGAGGAAGAAGAAGGAACUGCAGGAGGAAGACGAGUUUGAAGACCUGACAGAAGAAGCGAAGACGCUGCAGGAGCAGGAGCUGGAGAAGAUCAAGUCCAACCUGGGCCGUCUGAUCCUGAAGGAGGAGAAGGAGAAAGCCGUUAACUUCAGGAGGAAGACGCAGUCGCUGCCCGACAGAACGCACAUGCACGGCAGUUUGUCAGCAGGUGCAUCCAAGUCUCCUUCACGCUCAGCAUCAGGCUUGACCAGAAUGCAGUCGGCAGAGUUUUCCACAGAUGGAGAUAAAGGACGGCCAGCUGCUCAGAACGGAGAGGCUCGGCGGGAGCGCAUGGACAGAGGAAACUCUCUGCCGAGCAUCCUGGAGCAGAAGAUCUACCCAUACGAAGCACUGGUUGUGACCCACAGAGGGCGCUGUAAGCUGCCUCCAGGAGUGGACCGCACUCGGCUUGAGAGGCACCUGUCCCCGGAGGAGUUCGAGCAGGUGUUCGGGAUGCCGAUGGCCGAGUUUGAGCGCCUCUCGUUGUGGAAACGAAAUGAACUGAAGAAGAAAGCCUCGCUUUUCUAACAGGAAGUGACCUCAUUCCCCCAAAAUACUUGAUGACGCUUUUAAAGUAGGAGGAGAACAAAAUAAAAACAAAAGAUGCCAUAAAAUCAAAUAUCCAAUCAGCAAACACACAGAUUCAUCUCAGUAGUCCAACAUGUCCUCCAUCGUACUAACCAAUCAGGAUGCUCGCCGGCCCACGUGGAUCAGAGCGCGUAAUGACGGCCGGUCCUGGUUAACCCUUUACUGCGACUAACAUUAACUGAUGCACUGACACUCAUAUUUACCUGCCGCACCUAUAAUCACCACUGCUUACAGAUCAUCACCAUCAUGGGAUCUCUGCAGCUUGGUUCCCCACACACGGAUCAGCUCUGAGUCCGGUUCGGCUCUAAUCCGCGUCUGGGGAACGCCGACUGGGCUGACCUUCAGAGGUCGGCUCCUCCCUCACGUCAUCUUUGGGCUUCACUCGGGUUUUCUGCUAACAUGAAGCUGCUUCACUUUCAUCCUUUGAUUUAGAAAAUUAAAUGUGGGCUGCAGCUCCUACAUCUUCAUAGUCACAUCAAGGUUCAGGUCCAGGAGAGUUUAGAAGGAUUUAGGAAAAGAGCGGAGAUGCCCAGGACUCCCUCUCUCUGCCUCCCCCAGCUCCAGCUCUCCCAGGGGGGCCCUGACGUGUUCAGAAGCCCCCUGAGAGUCUGGAGGGACUGGCUCCACCAAGUCCUGGGUCCCCCUGAAGGUCAAACCUCAGAUUCAGGAGUACAGAGCUUUUUGGAGGUUCAGCACAUGAUUAAAGUUGACCUCUGACCUGUGGGAGGAUGCUUCAGAGCUUCCUCUGAUAAAAGAAGAUCAGAGUUUAGAGGUCUUCAGAGUAUCUGGAGCAGCUCUGAGUGCAGCUGCAGAAACUUUAGAAACAUUUCUAAAGAAACUGCCCUCGUUUUGCUGCCUCAGCCUGGUUGUAGUUCACAUUGUGGUCCAGCAGAGGACGCUCUCACACAGUGUGACGGGGCUGUGGAGGUGACCUCACCCUGCGGUUCCUGGUCCUCCUGCAGCUUCAUGAUAGCGGUCAGAGCCUGAGCACCACCCGCAGUCCUCAUGUUGAACAGCUGAUUGUGAUCUAUUAAUGAAGCAGCUUUUAUUUAUUGAUGAUUGUAUUUUUUUAUUUGCUACUGUGAAGCAUUUUAUUUUGAAAAUAUUCUUGGCUGUGAAGUUUUCCUUUUUUGAUAUUACUCCACCUCAGUGCACCAUCACUUCCUGAGUUCAGACCACACACCUGCACUUCCUGCUAACCCACCUGGUGUCACCUGUGCUGGAUCUCCAUCCGUGUCUCACGCUUCUGUAACACGUCCGUCCCUCGCAGUCCUGUCGAUGUAACAGAGUCAAAUAAACCGAACAAAC